CUGAGUGUUGUGCCGAAUAUGGCUCAGGUGUUGCCUUUCUUGGAAACACAAUUUUCGCCAUUUUCGCCAUCGCCUUCCACUUCAGCUUGCUUGGGUUCAACUUGCGCCCUCCACCUUUCGACGCUAUGACUGCUCCAAAACAGGAACCACAGGAAGCGGUUCUCCCGCCAUCAAAGCCUGCACACAAGCGUCCCGUCGCGAGCGAGAAAGCCCGCAAGGACGCACUCAAAACCAUUACGGCUAUCCGACGUGUCUCCGCUUGGCAAAUACACCGCUGGCCGCUAGAAAAGCGGAUUGUCGACGAGCGCACGCGGGUGCAUCUACCACGCACAUACCUCGGGAAGGACGGCAUCGACGUCCGAGUAGUUCGCGCCGGACAGGAUCUAAACCAAUUUGUUCAUCGUUAUUACUCAGAGGAGCUCGGGAAGGAAGCAGGCAAGGAGAACGAAGAGGGGAAGAACUGGGUCAACUUCGUGACACCAGACAGCGUAUUGAAGAGAAGACAUGAAUACCUAGGACCGGAUCCUCGAGUAGCGGGAUACCGGUGCGACGUCGCUGGAGAUAUGCACAUCAAGUGGUGGGAUGCGUUCCUGCAGGAUCAGUGGAUGAACAAGCAGAAGUGGACUUUCGAUGUGAGGAUGGAGGAGGAUGGGAGAUGGGUGGAGAUAGACGACUGAAUACAGGACAAAUUGUCUGAAGUACGAAGUCCGGCUGCAGUAGGGCACUCAACCAGUGUUGCGCGUCUGGAAUGUCUGUUGGGAUACGAUGUUUGAUUCAGGCCGUCGGGCCUUGUUCAUAGUUCAACGUUCAACGUUCAACGUCGGAAACGUCGUAUGAAGCUGUAGUAGUACCUCACGGGCUUCCCUCGGGCUUUCCUGAUCGAGUAUGUAUGUACAGC